GGCGCAGUGUAUUGUCGCCUGCGAGCUGCUGUAAUGGCGGUGUCUCGUCGCUCCUCGCAGCAGCAGCAGCAGCAGACUACGUUACAGUCCCCGCCGAGGAACAGCUCUCUGUCGGGGGCCCCGCCGGCCUCUCCGCCGAUGGCUCUGCUGGCCUCGGCCGUGGGAGCUCCGGAGACGGAGCGCGAGCGGGAGCGGGAGUGCAGCGGAGCGGGGAUCGAGAUGGCGCUGGCCUCCCCGGACCUGCCAGCCGCGGUCCUCGCGAGCAGCGCGAGCUCCACCAGCACGACUUCGGGCGGCGGCAGCAGCGGCGUGUCGAGCCCCGGCUCCGCGGCGGCCAGCCCCACGGACGGCAGCAGCGGCAUCGGAGGGGCAUUCCGGGAGCUGUUCGAGGCCUGUCGGAACGGAGACGUGUCCCGGGUGAAGAGGCUGGUGGACUCGGUGAAUGUAAACGCGAAGGACAUGGCUGGCCGAAAAUCAACUCCGCUUCACUUCGCUGCGGGUUUUGGCAGAAAAGAUGUGGUGGAGCACCUCUUGCAGACAGGAGCCAACGUUCACGCUCGGGACGACGGCGGUCUCAUCCCCCUGCACAACGCCUGCUCCUUUGGGCAUGCGGAAGUUGUGAGUCUCCUCUUAUGCCAAGGCGCAGAUCCUAAUGCCAGAGACAACUGGAACUAUACUCCAUUGCACGAGGCUGCCAUCAAGGGAAAGAUAGAUGUGUGCAUUGUGUUACUCCAGCAUGGAGCUGACCCAAACAUCCGCAACACUGAUGGAAAAUCUGCUCUGGAUCUGGCCGACCCUUCAGCCAAGGCUGUGCUCACUGGUGAAUACAAGAAGGAUGAACUUCUGGAAGCAGCAAGGAGUGGAAAUGAAGAGAAGCUAAUGGCACUGCUGACUCCACUGAACGUCAACUGUCAUGCCAGCGACGGGCGCAAGUCAACAUCACAAAAAAUGCUGUCCACGCCGCUGCACCUGGCCGCGGGCUACAACAGGGUCCGCAUCGUUCAGCUCCUCCUCCAGCACGGCGCCGAUGUUCACGCUAAGGACAAAGGCGGUCUGGUUCCUCUUCACAACGCCUGCUCUUACGGUCACUUUGAGGUCACCGAGCUUCUUCUGAAACAUGGGGCCUGUGUCAAUGCCAUGGACUUGUGGCAGUUCACUCCUCUUCAUGAAGCGGCGUCCAAGAACCGAGUGGAGGUCUGCUCCUUACUGCUGAGCCACGGGGCCGAUCCCACGCUGCUCAACUGCCACAGCAAGAGCGCCGUGGACAUGGCUCCCACCCCAGAACUGAAGGAGAGGCUCACCUAUGAGUUCAAAGGUCACUCGCUGCUGCAGGCAGCCCGGGAGGCCGACAUGGCCAAAGUGAAGAAGACGCUCGCUCUGGAGGUCAUCAGCUUCAAACAUCCUCAAACCAAUGAGACGGCUCUGCACUGUGCCGUGGCCUCACCCCACCCCAAGAGGAAGCAGGUGACGGAGUUGUUGCUGCGCAAAGGUGCCAACAUCAAUGACAAGAACAAAGACUUCAUGACUCCCUUGCAUGUUGCUGCUGAGAGAGCGCAUAACGACAUCCUGGAGGUGCUGCAGAAACAUGGAGCAAAGGUGAAUGCUGUAGACACUCUCGGCCAGACGGCUCUUCACAGGGCGGCGCUGGCCGGUCACAUCCAGACCUGCAAGUUGCUGCUGAGCUAUGGCGCCGACCCCUCCAUCGUCUCCCUCCAGGGUUUCACUGCUGCUCAGAUGGGCAACGAGGCAGUACAACAGAUUCUUAACGAAAAUGUUCCCACGCGUAAUUCAGAUGUUGACUACAGGUUUCUGGAAGCAGCCAAAGCAGGAGAUCUGGACACAGUGCAACAACUCUGCACACCACAGAAUGUGAACUGCCGGGACUUGGAGGGCCGCCACUCCACUCCUCUCCACUUUGCAGCUGGUUACAAUCGAGUGGCUGUCGUUGAGUACCUGCUACAUCAUGGAGCCGAUGUUCAUGCCAAAGACAAGGGCGGUCUGGUUCCCCUUCACAAUGCCUGCUCCUACGGUCACUACGAAGUGGCAGAGCUCCUGGUCAGACACGGGGCUUCAGUCAACGUCGCCGACCUUUGGAAGUUCACGCCGCUCCACGAAGCAGCCGCCAAAGGAAAAUAUGAGAUCUGCAAACUGCUGCUUAAACACGGAGCAGACCCUUCCAAGAAGAACCGUGACGGCAACAUGCCGCUGGACAUGGUGAAAGACGGAGACACAGACAUCCAGGACUUGCUGAGGGGCGACGCUGCCCUGCUGGACGCCGCCAAGAAAGGCUGCCUGGCUCGAGUCCAGAAACUCUGCUCACCGGAGAACAUCAACUGCAGAGACACGCAGGGCCGCAACUCCACGCCGCUGCACCUCGCAGCCGGCUACAACAACCUGGAGGUGGCAGAGUAUUUGUUGGAGCAUGGGGCUGAUGUCAAUGCCCAGGACAAAGGAGGCCUUAUUCCGCUCCAUAAUGCUGCUUCUUACGGGCAUGUGGACAUCGCAGCCCUGCUGAUCAAGUAUAAUACAUGCGUGAACGCUACGGACAAAUGGGCUUUCACACCUCUCCAUGAAGCUGCGCAGAAGGGGCGUACACAGCUGUGUGCGCUGCUGCUGGCUCAUGGCGCUGACCCCACCAUGAAAAACCAGGAGGGUCAGACGGCUCUGGACCUGGCCACGGCUGAUGAUAUCCGAGCUCUCCUGAUGGACGCCAUGCCACCAGACGCUCUCCCCAGCUGCUUCAAGCCUCAGGCCACCGUGGUCAGCGCCUCGGUCAUCUCUCCCGCCUCCACGCCGUCCUGUCUGUCGGCCGCCAGCAGCAUAGACAACCUCGCCGGGCCCCUCACCGAGCUGGCUGCCGCCGCCGCCGCAGCCGGCACCUCCGGCGUGGCAGAUGGUGCCACAGGCACUGAUCGCAAGGAGGGGGAGAUGACAAUGCUGGAUAUGAACAUCAGCCAGUUCCUGAAGAGCCUUGGACUGGAGCACCUGAGGGACAUCUUCGAGAGAGAGCAGAUCACAUUAGACGUGCUGGCCGACAUGGGCCACGAGGAGCUGAAGGAGAUCGGGAUCAAUGCGUAUGGCCACCGGCACAAGCUGAUCAAAGGUGUAGAGAGGCUGCUGGGCGGCCAGCAAGGUGCCAACCCAUACCUGACAUUCCACUGUGCCAACCAGGGCACCAUCCUGAUAGACCUCGCCCCGGAUGACAAGGAGUACCAGUCUGUGGAGGAGGAGAUGCAGAGCACCAUCAGGGAGCAUAGAGACGGCGGCAACGCGGGCGGCGUCUUCAGCAGAUACAAUAUCAUCAAGAUUCAAAAGGUGGUGAAUAAGAAGCUGAGAGAACGUUACACUCACCGGCAGAAGGAGAUCGCAGAUGAAAACCACAACCACCACAAUGAGCGGAUGUUGUUUCAUGGUUCUCCUUUCAUCAAUGCAAUCAUCCACAAAGGCUUCGAUGAGCGCCACGCAUAUAUAGGCGGGAUGUUCGGAGCAGGAAUCUACUUCGCAGAGAACUCCUCGAAGAGCAAUCAGUACGUUUACGGCAUUGGCGGAGGCACCGGCUGCCCGACACACAAGGACCGAUCCUGCUACCUGUGCCACAGGCAAAUGCUGUUCUGCCGAGUGACCUUGGGGAAGUCCUUCCUACAGUUCAGUGCCAUGAAGAUGGCUCACGCCCCCCCAGGACACCAUUCAGUCAUCGGGCGGCCCAGCGUUAACGGCCUGGCCUAUGCUGAGUACGUCAUCUACAGAGGAGAGCAGGCCUACCCGGAGUACCUCAUCACCUACCAGAUCCUUAAGCCGGAGAGUGCAGCCCAGUCUGCUGCGGGAGCGGAACAGAAGUCGUAGUUACUUCAGCUUACACAAUCUGACACACGGACUUGAUGCUCGUUACUUUCUUUGUAUUGCAAAUGCCUAAACACCUUUUAUUUACCAAACACAUUUCCAGUCCUCUGUCCAGUAGAACCCAUGGUGACCAGUGCUUCAUGAGCAUAUAUGCUGUAUAAUACUCUCUUAGUCCUGGUGAUGACACACUUUAUUUUGUAUUGCAUUGGUUGCAUGUUAAGAAGCAUGUGAGGCCCAAUAGCGUGCGUGGGUUAGUUUUUGAGUAUCUCUCCUCCCUCUCUUCAUCGAUCUGGAGGACGCUUGUAGAGACUUUGAAGUAUCAGCAUUAACAGUUUGACACUGUUUUGUUGUCUCAUGUCAUGUGACCGUGGAGAAUCACCCCCAGCCCCUCAUCCUCCCACCUCCACACAGACCGCCGAGGCCCGAAACCUGCAGACUGCAUCUCCCCGGCUGUGUUUGGGUUCAUCUUGUAUAGAACAGCCUGUGAUAACUGUGAUUUUAAUGCUAACCUGUAACACUACCAGACUGGUAACAGUGCAUUGUUGCUAUGCUGUAGAUCAGACCUCCUCUUUAGUCACAGAACACUACAAAACACUGAACUGAAAUGGUUUUUAGUAGUCUAUCGGGGGCUGAACAUGCUCGAGAGAGAAGGGGCUCUCAGUAAAUUCACAAACUCGGACUCUUUCAUCCACAUUAACACAUUUGCAUUUGAGAGGAUGCGUGCUCAGCAGUGCAAUGUAAGGCAUCAAAAUUACUCAAGAUGAAGUUGUACAUUAAAAGCAUUAUAAUAUAUGACUGAGCUUCAUGAUGUAGAGCUGGUAUAUAUGUUGAAAUGUGUUUGUGAUGCCUUACACGUGAACGCCCCACAGCCGGCCAGCUCAUCACAGCAUCCUUUCCGUCGCCAUGGUGUCACUCACACAUCCCACGCAUAAGGAUUUGCACUUUUACAUAGAAACCUAUUUAAGUUAUUUUGAAAUUAAAAUGCUAAUUUGCUGAAAAAAUAUUUGUACAGGUUGUGUAAAUGGUUGUGUAUAACUAUUGCUGUUUAACAGUCUCUGCGUUAAACUGUAAAUGUCAUCUGAAUUUUUCCUUUCAUGCCUUUUGAUUCUUUUUUUUUUUUUUUUAAUAAAUGUCCCAUU